UAAAUAUAUGACAGAAGAAGAGUUUGACAGUCCAUUUACAUUUUUUCAAAAUUUGUCAUGUUUACUUAAAAUUCAAGUUCAAAAAAGGGACAAUUUUAAAAUUAUAGAAUAUGUUAGAUUGGCGCCGAUGCCGUUGGCAAAUCAUAGCCACAUUGGAGAGUAUGUGUCCAUUAUGACGCUAUCACAUGGGAUUGCUCUUGGAUGGUUAUCCCCGAUUGCUGCUCACCUUGCGUCCGACAAAACACCUCUAGAGGAAAAACUAAACGUCUAUCAGGCUUCAUGGGUUGGCAGUUUAAUUGCAAUCGGAGCCUUUUUUUCCAAUAUAUUCACAGGAAUUCCUCUUUAUUACUGUGGACGAAAGCCGGUUAUGUAUUUUUUAGCUUUUCCACAUGCAAUUCAUUGGAUUCUAAUUUACUUUGCGACAAGUGUAACAUACCUUUACGUAGCUCGGUUUUUGGCGGGAAUGACAGGAGGCUCAAUCCUUAUUGUAUUCCCCAUAUUUGUAUCCGAAAUCGCAGAUACUAACAUCCGUGGAGCUCUCACGUCAACGAUCAUUUGUGCUACAUCUACUGGAGUUCUGCUUGGGUUUACUUUGGGUCAUUUCUUAGAUUACAGUGUUCUUCCUUGCAUAAUGUUACUACUACCGCUAAUAUAUCUGGCAUCAAUAACAUUUCUACCAGAAACGCCAUUGUUUCUGAUAAGAGCCGGUAAGACAGAAAAGGCUGAAAAGUCCUUUUACUUUUACAAAAAUUUGUCUGACGAAGAUGCAGAAACUAAGAAGCAAUUUAAAGAAUUUGAGGAGGGACAUUCUAUCGUAGUCGAACAAGUUAGUGUCAGCGACUACUGCAACAAGGAAGCGUGGAAAGCUUAUGGCCUGAUCUAUGUUCUUUUAUUUACCCACCAGAUGUCGGGAAACUUUGCCAUAAUAACUUAUGCCACAACUAUUUUCAAACAUCUCAACAACGAUUUUCAUGUAAAUCUGAGUGCCAUUGGUCUCGGGGUUUCCCAACUACUGGGCAUGAUGAUCGCCAUUGUUCUGGUAGAUCGAGUAGGUCGUCGCAUCCUUCUCCUGAGCUCUAUGGCCGGAAUGGCUGCAGGUGAACUGACUAUAGUCUGCCUUAAGUACUUUGCCUCCAUGCAGUUUCUGAAGGAGCAUGGAUGGUUUGGACUGGUCACAAUGUGCUUAAUAAGCUUGAUCGCGGGCAUUGGUGUGGGAUCUUUGACAUUUUUGGUUGUCGUCGAGCUCUUGCCCCACAAGAUUAUUUCGAUUGGCUGUUCAAUGUGCAUGGUCCAGCUCAGUAUCUUUGCAUUUAUGACUCUGAAGAUAUAUCCUGUGAUGAUUGAAGAACAUGGUCUUGGUCCCACUAUGUUGAUGUCAGCGUCGGUGCUUCUCGUUGCUUUAACAAUACUAGGAAUAUUUUUACCAGAAACAAAAAACAAAAAAUUGGCAUAAUAUAUCUAAUAGCGGUAGAUAUUUUUGGAUAACGCCCCUCAAAAAUUCUCUUUCAGUCAGAAGAUUGGUGGUUCUAAAGGUCAAUUCUACUUAAAUUAUUUACAAUUAUUAUACAAUUUUAUAAACCCAUCCUUGAAAUCGACAAUUUAUCUUGUAUUUAAUUAAUAAAAUUCGACUUUAUUCCUAUGGCUUGCACAGCA